CAGGCGCACAACUAGUCCCCCGAUCAGCUGACUGUGUGAGUGAGAUGCUCUGUUGAAGGACCUCUGAGUCGAAACCCUGCUAUUAUCUGCGCUAUGAAUGGGAAGCAGCGACUAUUUAACUGAAUUACACCGUGUGGACCAAACACUGACGACAGUUUACACAGCGUGACUCUCUUAGAUCAGAGGCCCGGUGGACAAACCUUCUGGCAGCAGCCAUGACAGAAUUCUGGUUGAUCUCUGCUCCGGGGGAGAAGACGUGUCAGCAGACUUGGGACAAGCUGAUGGUGGCAACAACUCGCACCAACAACCUCUCCAACAACAACAAGUUCAACAUCCCGGACCUGAAGGUUGGAACACUAGACGUCUUAGUGGGUCUCUCGGAUGAGCUGGCUAAACUGGACACGUUUGUGGAAGGUGUGGUGAAGAAGGUCGCUCAGUACAUGGCCGACGUUCUGGAGGACAGCCGAGACAAAGUCCAGGAGAACUUGCUGGCCAACGGAGUUGACCUGGUCACCUAUAUCACCAGAUUUCAGUGGGAUAUGGCCAAGUAUCCAAUCAAACAGUCACUGAAAAACAUCUCUGAGAUAAUCUCCAAGCAAGCGACUCAGAUAGACAACGACCUGAAGGCCCGAGCUUCAGCUUACAACAACCUGAAGGGAAACCUGCAGAACCUGGAGAGGAAGAACGCGGGGAGCUUGUUGACCAGGAGUCUGGCUGACAUAGUGAAGAAAGAGGACUUUGUGCUGGACUCAGAGUACCUGAUUACCAUGCUGGCGGUCGUCCCAAAGACAAACUAUGCUGACUGGCAGAAGACGUAUGAAACUCUUGCAGAGAUGGUCGUGCCGCGCUCCACUAAGCUGCUGUUCGAAGACAACGACAGCGGUCUGUUCAGUGUCACCCUCUUCAGGAAGGCCGUAGACGACUUCAAACACAAGGCCAGAGAAAACAAGUUUACGGUGCGUGAUUUCCAGUACAAUGAGGAGGAGAUGAAGGCAGACAAAGAAGAGAUGACACGUUUGUCCACCGACAAGAAGAAACAGUUUGGGCCUUUGGUACGAUGGCUGAAAGUAAAUUUCAGUGAAGCCUUCAUCGCGUGGAUUCACAUAAAAGCUCUGCGUGUGUUUGUGGAGUCAGUGUUGAGAUAUGGGCUGCCAGUGAACUUCCAGGCCAUGCUGCUCCAGCCCAACAAGAAGAACAUGAAGAAGCUGAGAGAGGUGCUGUACGACUUGUACAAACACCUGGACAGCAGCGCUGCCAUCAUUGAUGCCUCUAUGGACAUCCCGGGUCUUAACUUGAGCCAGCAGGAGUACUACCCCUACGUUUACUACAAGAUCGACUGCAACCUGCUGGACUUCAAAGUCUAGACGCGUCGCCAGCAUCAUCUCUCUGUGCUGUAGUGUUCUGAUGUGACAUGUUCACAUAUCCAAGCUUUACUUUAUUUUCAUUCCAACCAUGUUCUCUCUCUUUUCUCACUUUUUUUUUGUGUUCUCAUUCUCUUUUUCCCUCCCAUGUUCCUGGUACAUUCCUGGGUCGAUACUGAAUAAGUUGCAAAGGAUCGGAGUAAUGACUGGUUACUAAAAACAGGAUAGAUUUAAGAUGUAAAAUAGUCUCCAGUCAUAACUUCUGUUCUCCUUUGUCCCAUCCCACUGUACCUCCACCAAAAUGGUUGACAUUCCCUCUUGACACCCAAAGGACAUGUAAAAUACUGCAUUUUUAUUGUUGUGUCCUCUCAUCCUACUUAAAGUAUGAACAGCGGUACACAUGUGUGUGGGGGGGAAAUGCGGAGAAAAGAAAUAUAUGUUAAAUAUAGUAUUUAUAUUAAGCCUCUAAAAUCAGUGAAUAUGUUUCUAUUGGUUCAGAUUUUAAGGUGAUGUGUUUUUAGCUCCAUGUAAGGAAUGUCUGUUUACAAGUAGAUGUUGACCAUCUUUUCCUCCCAACUCAAGCUAUAAUCCUGUGAAAUACUGAGACGUUUCAUUUUACAGUAUAAAGAAGCAAUAUAUUUGCUGCUUGUAUGCUCCUUUGAUUUCUGUAUAUUAAGAAGUUUGGGAAAAAUAAUGAUAGGUCUACGUAUGUGCAAAUACUGUAUAUUGUCAGUAUAUCUGAAAAUUGAACUACAUAUUUAAAAUAAAUGUGACAAUAAAUACUAUGUGUUUGAGAAAGA